AUGACUGAAAAUAGUCUAGACCCAAUCUCAAGAACAUUUUGGUACUGUGUCCCUUUUGACGAAUGGCCAGAUGCUGUCGACAUUCUUACUAUAAUUUUCGAAGUAAGCGGAAUUAUUCUCAAUCUGCUAACAGCGUUUCUGCUCUUCCGUAUUCGGCACGGGCCGAGGCAAAAUGUUGUUCUCUUAAAAACACUAACAAUUCAUUGUCUUCUUGUUUGCAUUGUCAAUUUAAUUGAAGACUGUGAUCCAGACGGGGUCACCACUGAUAAUUAUGUCUUCAAUACUCUAAUGUGUGUAUUUUGGAAUGCCCGAUUCUUCUAUUGGAUCUUUUUUGUUGCUGUCAGUCAGUGUCUCGUCUUUCUUGCCGUAGAUCGAGUCCUUACUCUUUACAAGUGUGAUCAACUACGAUUCACCAGUCCUCGACGGCGUAUCGUAGUAUACGAGAUUACUAUUCACGCCUUCAGUACAUUGCUUACAUUGCCCCAAGUCCUAACUGUCAACUUACAGCAUGGAGGAUGUGCGUGUGCCCCUAACAAGGUCAACAUACCCUUCUUAACAGUGAUAUAUGCACAUGUCUAUCUAUGGUUCACACUUCUCUUUGUGACAGAUGGAAGUAUUUUAUUAUGCAGUGCGUACUAUAUUAUGAAGUGGGUUCGAGAAACCCCCAGUAGAGACCAACUUGAUGAUUUGAACGAACUCAGUUUCGAGGUGUUCAGUGAACACGGAAUUCAUUUAGAGCAAUACAAAGGAAAGGGAUAUAAGACUGCAUCCAUGUGUAUUUUACCCCUGGCUAUGAGCUAUAUUCUCACUUUCUCUUAUGACUCUACUUACCAGUUCGUAAGUGCUUUGGGUCUAGCAACUUUCAUUAUUAACAGUAUCCCACAGAAAAUUGGUGGACUCCUUCUUGUCGUUCAUGUAAACGUUGUACCGGUUGUAUUAUUCUUCUAUCUGCCACCGUUGAAAGAGUUCGCUGCUAGAUAUUUUCUUGCACCUCUUCAUGUUGUAAAAUACCCAAAAUGA